AUGGCACAUGAUUUCAACUUCAAGGUUCCAAAGUUUAAUGGUACAAAUUAUGCUUAUUGGAAAGAAAAGAUGGAAUAUGACUUCGCAACUAUGCCAGUUGAACUAUGGGAAAGCACUAAGAAAGGCUAUACUACUCCUCAAAAUGUAUUUAACAAAGUUAUAGGUGCAAAGUUAGCUAAAGAAAUAUGGGAAAAUUUGAAGAGUGUAUUUGAAGGUGAUGAAAAGACAAAGCAAGCCAAGAUUACAAAUCUAAAGCACAAGUUUGAGAAUGCGAGAAUAUCUGAUGAUGAAAGUAUUGAAGACUAUAUUCACCGAUUGAAUGAGAUUGUAAAUGCACUUAGUGGUAUUGGUGGGACACUAGAAGAAAGUGAAGUUAUGAUGAAGAUAAUGGAAACUUUCCCCAAAAUAUAUAAAACUAAAAAUUAUGUUAUUAAGGAAAGUCAUGAUAUGUAUAAGUACAAUGAGGAUCAACUCCUUAGUUCAAUCUUUGUCUUUGAGAUUGCUGAAUUGGAUAAAAUCAAAAAGGAAAGGAGAGAAGCAACAUUAAAAGUUACAAAGAAGCCUGGAGAAGAACUUGAAGAAAGUGAAGACAUGGAUGAGAUUGAAGCAAACAUUGUAAGGAGAUUGAAUAGAGGAACUAGAAAUUACAAAGGUAAUUUACCCCUAAAAUGUCUCAAUUAUGGAAGAAUUGCUCAUUAUAAUUUUAGAUGUAUGUAUAAAGAGGAUUUUGGUGGAAUAUCUAUUGAUGAUAACAAAGGAAAGGAGAACUAUAGAGUGAGUGACAUAAAUGAGAGAAGAGAUGACAAAGAUAAGCAAAAGAAGAGUUUUUGUUCAACAAAGACCUACUCAUCUGAAGAAGAAUAUGGUGAUGACUCAAAUGAAGAGUCCUUGUUCCUGGCUAUAGAAGAAAAAAAUAAUGAGUUGUCUAAAAGUUCAGAAGAUGUGAAGAACAAUGAAAAACUAGUGAGUGUGAAGACUGCACUACAUGAAAAAUUGGAACCAAAAGUGUGGAUCAUUGACUCUGGAUGUUCAAAUCAUAUGACUGGUGAUAUAGGUAAAUUUAUUAAUCUUGAGAAGUAUGUUGGUGGAUCAAUUAAUUUUGUAGGAGAGAAAGUUGUACCUAUUUGUAGAAAAGGAAGCAUCUCUAUUAAUGGUAAGCAUAAAACUAAUGAUGUGUAUUAUGUUAAGGGUCUGAGACAUAACUUGUCGAAGGUGAUUCAAAUGUGUAGAAAAGGUUAUAAUGUCAUAUUUCAUGGGAUUGGAUGUGAAAUUAGAAAAUGA